AUGGAGCUUAAACAAAUGAUAGGAUAUUUAGCUAUCUUUUCGAUAAUUCAAAGUAUUGUGGCUUAUUCUGAUAUCUCUCAAGAGGGCAGCCUUUUGGAAGAAAAUUCACCAUUCAAGGCAGAAAUCUUAACUUCACAUAAUGCAGGUUCAAAUUUGAGCGUAUUGAUAGGUAAUAAUAAGUUCACUUUUGUAAUGGGCAAUCAAUAUGAUAGAGAACUAAUGUAG